AUGCAUACAUCAAGAUCUCGCCGCGAGUCUAUGGUACUGUGGAGGCACGAAUGCUCGCGCUACGCCUCAUCGUCCCGCAUCGGCUACCAUCCCAACCACCCGAGCGCCAGCCAUCCGACUUCUCGUCCGUCGUCAGCGGCUACCAUUCUUCGACCGUUUUCUGCAGGGCGUGUGCCUCAACAGUCGUACGACGACGAUCACCAUCAGCAACAACGUGCGUCAUCGGCGCUCCCUCCUCGUUCGCAGACUCUCGGACAAGAAAGCGGGUUGUACGAGGCUGGUCAGAACAGAACCAUAGAGGAGGGGGCGGGGCGAGCGGACCUCGCUCCUAGUGCGAGGCCCCGGUCGGCUAUCCCGCGGCUAGGGAGGGCAGACGCAGCGGAGCCCGAUGACGACAGCUCGCGUACAAAGAGAGGCGUGAGUGCCUCGGCCGCGAGGAGAAAUGACGGCGGCGUGGACGCCACCUCCACCGCAAGGAGGCGAGGCGGCAGCGGGAGCAGUGCCAGGAGAAGACGGGCGAUGAGGAGCGCCUCGACGACACGGUCCCAGUCGCCGCUGAACAACCAAGAUCGUUCAUCCGGCGAGGGGGGGGAAGGGGACGACGUCUUUGACGACAUCUACGAAGAUCUCGAGGAGGACGACGACGGAGCUCCCGGCGUCGCCGCCGCCGCCGCCGCCGUCUCCGACGACAACGUCGCUGACGGCAACACCGAGGAGGGCGGGGGCCGCCUUAAACCGAACGAAACCACACCUUCUAUGAACAAUCACAGCCGGCCGUCCUCCGCGGCGUUUCGGGGCUGGAUCAAGGCCCGGCCCGGCGCAAGAUCUGCGGUUUCCGCCGUCUCCUCGGCACGGACGCUGGGGAUGGACGACCCCGAGCUGGUCCACCUGCAGCUCGAGAUGGAGAGCCGGCGAGGCGGCAUGUCGGAGUCUACGCUGGCUCGGAUGGAAGACCACUACACCGCCGUCGUCCUCAAGAACACCAGCGCCCCGCGACGACCGCAGCAACAACGGGGUAGACCGGCAUCGCCCCGAAAGAAAAAGGGCGGCGCCUCCUCAAGGUCGAGGGGGAAACGGGCCAGCAGCAAGAGCAGAAGCAAGAGCCCACGCAAGGGGCGGAAGAAGAAAGGUGUCGGCGGUGGGAAAAAGAAGAGUGGUAGGCGAGGGGGCGGCGGCGGCGGUGGCGGCGAGGGAACGGCGGCAAGCGGCAAGGUUUACACAUCUGCGGGGGCGUUUAUGGCGGAGCACUUUCCCUCCGAGGAAAAGCAGGGUGUGAGCCUGCUGGGGAUGGAGCAAGAGGAGGAAUGUCGCAAUGCAUCCGAUGCCCUGUCCAGGGUCGGCCUUUCGGUCUCAAACGAAGCCCUCCGUCGCGCCCUGGUCAUUCCGACCGACCGUCCCCUCGAGACCUGCCUCGCCGGCCUCCCUCACCCCACGGAAGGGCUCCGCGACGCCCCCUUCCCGCCGCCGCCCACCUUCACCACCCUGCGUAAUCCUCAUCCGCCGUCGCUACUGUUAUCCUCGUCUCCGCUUGGGAGCCGAGGCCACGUGGUGGGGACGGGACCAGGCUUGGGCAAGAAGGACGGCAGCGUCACACUGAGAAGGUCUCCGUCCCCGGCGGGAGGGGGGCGCAGAGGGGUCCAGGGGAGGGGCAAAAGGUCCCCCGUUGGUGGUGGAGGGAGGAAGAAGAAGAGCCCGACAAGGAGAUAA